UUUGCGCUCACUUGUUCGUGCGUUGUGCUUGAAGUACAUUCACGGCAGGAGAGGACAAAGAGCUGCAAUGGACGGUGAUGUUGCGGUUGGUGUGAAGAGAGGCUCAGAUGAGCUCAGUAUGUACGGAAGCAGCCCGAGCUCGGUGACUGCAAAUGGCAGUGACACUAAGAAACAGCGUCUGGAUGAGUCACCUCCUUCAAGAGUUCUUCACAUCAGAAAACUUCCCAAUGAAGUAUCAGAGACGGAAGUCAUUGCACUGGGGCUUCCCUUUGGAAAAGUUACCAAUAUACUGAUGCUGAAGGGUAAAAACCAGGCAUUUUUGGAGCUCAGUACAGCAGAAGCUGCCAUUACUAUGGUGAACUACUAUGCGGCUGUUACACCACAGGUCAGAAAUAGUCCUGUCUUUAUCCAGUACUCUAACCAUAAGGAACUGAAAACAGACUCUGCGCUAAAUCAGAGAGCCCAAGCAGUGCUUCAGGCGGUCUCGGCCGUUCAGGAUGGAAGUUCUCCAUCAUCUGAUCAUGGGGUUCUGGACCUUGCUCCACCUCCCAGUCCUGUCCUACGUAUUAUAAUAGACAACAUGUUUUAUCCUGUGACUCUCGAUGUUCUGCAACAGAUAUUCAGUAAGUUUGGGACUGUGAUGAAGAUCAUUACUUUCACCAAGAACAACCAGUUUCAAGCACUCCUGCAGUUCAGUGAUCCUGUCAAUGCCCAGCAGGCUAAACUGUCUCUUGAUGGACAGAACAUCUAUAAUUCAUGCUGUACUUUGAGGAUCGAUUUCAGUAAACUGGUCAACCUUAACGUCAAAUACAACAAUGAUAAGAGUCGAGAUUACACUCGACCAGACCUGCCUACUGGAGAUGGAGAUUCAAGCAAGGAUCAUUCUUUAUUGGGUACCCCAUCUGGAGCAAUAGCAUCAUACUCAAGUGGGGCAGGUUAUUCAUCCUCUCUCUCCCUCUCGCAGGGUGCAGGAGGUGUUAGCCCUCUGAGUGCUGCUGCCGCUGCGGCAGCUGCUGCGGGACGUGUUGCUCUGUCAGGGUCCGGAGUUUCUGGAGUCCUGUUGGCAUCUAACCUGAAUGAAGAGAUGGUCACGCCUCAAAGUCUCUUUACCCUCUUCGGUGUCUAUGGUGACGUGCAGCGGGUGAAGAUCCUCUACAAUAAGAAAGACAGUGCUCUGAUCCAGUUAUCAGAUAGUAACCAGGCUCAGCUGGCCAUGAGCCACCUGAAUGGACAGAAGGUGUUUGGUAAAGUGAUGAGAGUGACACUGUCCAAACAUCAAACUGUGGCUCUGCCCAGGGAAGGACUAGAUGAUCAGCUCUUAACUAAAGAUUUUUCUGGGUCUCCACUACAUCGGUUCAAGAAACCAGGAUCCAAAAACUUCCAGAACAUCUUUCCUCCCUCUGCAACACUGCAUCUCUCCAAUAUCCGGGAUGGCAUCGGAGAAGACGACCUGCGUCUCCUGUUCUCCAAUAGCGGGGGGGCGGUCAAGGCCUUUAAGUUCUUCCAGGACCGUAAGAUGGCCUUGAUCCAGAUGUCGUCAGUAGAAGAGGCCAUCCAGGCGCUGAUGGACCUUCAUAAUUACGACAUGGGCGGGAAUCACCAUCUCAAAGUUUCCUUCUCCAAGUCCACCAUCUAAACUUGGCAGCCGAUGUGAAGUGCUGCACUAAGCGAGGAGGUCGCUGUCGUUGUACACUUAAUGUCAAAAACACAGAAAAAGUGUCAAAUUCAAGGUUUCUUCAGUUUCUUGACCAGUAGAAGGCCAGAAGGUUGUUGACAUUAUUAAAACUCAACACUUUGAUGGACUAAGAACUAAUGAUGUGGUGCCCUGCUCCUUCCUAAGGUGUGAUCCGGCGUCACGUCACAGCUGUUUGAGCCAUGCCUUCUGUCCCUCUCUUUCCGGGCUUUAUCACCAAACCAUGUGAUAUGUUCACAUAUGUCAUGUUGAAACUUGGAAAAACCUCCCCGGCCCGAAUGUUUUCUUUAGACACAGAUCGCACUCAACAUUAUGGGAGUCUUUCAAACUAGCCGGGCUUUCUGUUAAUCUCGUGAACAACCACGACCCCUCCAAGGAGACAACUAAAGUACGCAUUGACUUCCGCAUAUGACAUGGAAUGAACUUGACGUAUAGAUAGUCACCUGUAAUGUUUUGUUCAAGCCUUUUGGUUAAACUGGUCUGGACAAGGUUUCCACACACGUUUCUGGUCUUGGGCUCUGGUUUUAGAGGAGACCGUUUAGACCGAAGUACAUGUCUUUAGAUAGUCAGUUUAGAUCUUACACUUGAUUCUCGGCAAUUUGAAGAUGUUAUUUUAUCAUUAACAUUGCUCGGUCUCAUUUUGUAAAUUCAU